AUGGUCGGUAUAAAGGAACCCGUCAAGACAAGCGGUAUGAGCAUCUACGAACGCAUCUGUGCUGAGGCGUCGCUGGCCUACCAGUCUUAUCUGGCGCCGCAGUCGUAUGGGAUCGAGACGGCGUACAUCUCCGACGGCCAACCUAUGGAUGAAUACGCAUCGUCCCCGCAUUACUCGCCGACUCCUUCGCCGCCGCCGUCUCUGCUCUCGCUCCCUUCAUCGCCGUCGUCAUCGCUAUCACCCUCGCGGUCGUACAACGCGGACCCUUCGACCUCUCCGCCGCCAUCUGAUUCGUCUCACGACGACAAUGCUAUCGCGGAUUCUUCGCCAACUUCGCCAGACGACAUUGCGCCGCCUUAUCCCGUCCUCUUACCUUAUUGGCCCGGUUCACCGGCCCCGCCCGUUGCGCCCAUCAAGUCCGAGCCCGUCGCUACCAUAGAUCCGAGGGUGUUUGAUCAAACCCAGGCUCGGAAACCGAAGAAGGAGAAGAAGAAGCCCGAAGUGAAGGCGUGCUACGAUUGCCGCGCACUUCGCAAGAAGUGUGUCAAACAGUCAGAUGGAUCUUUAGAGUGCCAGACAUGCAUCGACCAUAACCGGGCAUGCCUAUACCCUCUCCAGUCCUUCAAAGGCCAGAGGACUGACAUCAUCCUUCAAAAAGGGGAGCAGCUCCAUCCCCACUACCUGAAUCAUCGGCACAUCCAAAAGCACACAGAAAAGAAGCUUCGGGCACGAUUGCAACUAGGCCGAAAACGGCAGGCAUGA